AGACAUGUUCGCGUACGAUUUGCACCCAGUCCAACCGGGAUGCUUCACCUCGGUGGCCUCCGCACGGCGCUGUACAAUUACCUUUUCGCGAAGGCUAAUGCCGGGUCUUUCAUCCUGCGCGUUGAAGACACAGAUCAGUGCCCUGUCUGCUUAGGCCUGUUGGUACAUUGAAGUAUUUUUAAGUAAAAAGUGGAGAAAUACAGCGAUUACACAUCUAACCACACACAUUCUGGACAUCUCUGGGUGAGGAGAAGGACUUUUAUUAUAGCAUAUAGGUGAAAAAAUAAGGCUCGAAUUGUCCCAGGUGCUGUGGAAAAACUUGUAGAGAUGUUAACAUGGGCAGGACUGAAACCAGAUGAAGGACCCACAAUAGGAGGGCAAUAUGGACCCUAUAUACAGUCUGAGAGGAUGAAAUUAUAUCAAGAUAUGGUACAGGUGUUACUACAGAAUGGAAGUGCCUAUCACUGUUUUUGUUCGCCAAAACGUCUGGAGUUACUGCGGAAGGAGGCGGCAAGACGGGGCGAAGUUCACAAGUACGACAACAAAUGUCGCCACUUGUCAGGUUCGGAGGUGGAGGAGAAACUGUCCAAUCAGACACCGAGUGUUGUCAGAUUUAAGUUAGAUCACUAUACAGAGUCCUGGGAGGACCUGGUGUAUGGACCAAUCACAUACGAUGUAGCAUCAAUAGAAGGAGAUCCUAUCUUGCUGAAGUCAGAUGGAUUUCCCACAUACCACCUGGCCAAUGUCGUGGAUGACCAUCACAUGGAAAUAUCCCACAUCUUACGAGGAGAGGAGUGGCAAGCAUCCACAACCAAACACAUCUUGUUAUACAAGGCUUUUGGUUGGGCACCUCCAAAGUUCGCUCAUCUUCCACUCAUGUUAAACAGGGAUGGAACAAAACUAUCCAAGCGACAAGGUGACAUUCACGUGGAGUGCUUUAAGGACAAAGGUUACUACCCAGAGGCUGUGCUGAACUUUAUCACGUACCUGGGUGGAGGAUUUCCUCACUCCGGUCUACAGGUGGGGGGUUUUACCCUCCAGGAACUAGUUGACAAGUUCUCUCUGUCAUCAUUAUCCACUCACAGCGCUAAGAUAGAUGUAGAGAUGAUUGACGUCUACAACCGUCAGCACCUGGUGCGACUCCUGCAGUCUGAAACGACACGGAGAGCUCUGAUCGAAGAGACGCGGCACCUCGUGCGGGAGACCUUCGCCCAUAAGAUGUUGGAGAAUAUUGAUCUUCAAAACUACACGCUCAGCAAUGAGUAUAUUGGCAAGGUCCUGCACUGGGCUGUGGUAAGAAUUCAUCGUCUCCAAGAACUGGUAGAGACUCAGUUUGAGUUUGUUUGGGUCAUACCCAGCAGAGAUAUUACACAAGCUCUUCAAUAUCUCCAUAGCAACCCAGAGAUCAUCUUACAAACAAUCUCAUUGGUUGAGGCCAUGGAUGACUUUUCCAGCUUUCAACUAAUCACAAAGCAGCUGAAAAAGUUGGCAAAGACAGAAGAUGUCAAAUUUUCAACCUUCAUGAAGUACUUGAGAAAGGCUCUAUCGGGACUUGAUGAGGGUCCGUCCGUUGCUGAGAUGAUUUGCUUGCUGGGACAAGAAAGCACGGUUCUACGGCUACGUCAUACCUACGAACUCCUGACACAAAGUUAACGACUAUCAGCUUAACAUAACGAGAUAUAUGGAUAACAACUUCUGUUUAUUUGG